AUGACUUCGAGCAUUCUGCCCAAAGCGGCCCUCCCUGUGCGCCAGCUCUCGCCAGCGCAGAUAUGUCGCCGACAGCGACUCCGAACAUGCGCCGCUAGCCGGGGCACGCCCGCUGCGACCUUUACCGCGGCCGCAAAGGCCUGCGGCCGCCUGCCGUCGUCCAGGUCCGGGGCGUGCUCGGCUUCCGUGGUGCGAUCAGUAAGGGCUUUCCACACGACAGCAAGGCUACUCGCGACGCCCAAAGACCCGUACAGCGCCCUCGGCGUCGGCAAGAGUGCCUCGGCGGCCGAAAUCAAAAAGGCCUACUACGGCCUCGCCAAGAAGUACCACCCGGACACGAACAAGGACCCGACGGCAAAGGACAAGUUCGCCGAGAUCCAGUCCGCCUACGAGAUCCUCUCCGACGCCACGAAGCGGCAGCAGUUUGACCAGUUUGGUGCUGCCGGAUUCGACCCGAGCGGCAGCCCUGGCCCGGGCGCCGGCGCCGGAGGCCCCUUUGGAGGGGGGGGCCACCCCUUUGGCGGCGGAUUCGGGCAGGGCGGCUUCGGAGGACAGGGUGGCUUCGGGGCCAACAUCAACUUCGACGACCUAUUUUCGGCCUUCACGGGCGGGGCAGGUCCGUUUGGCGGCGGUCGUGGGCGGCGCGCCGAGACCUUCACCCAGGGCAACGACAUCGAGGUCAUGGCCAGUAUUUCUUUCAUGGAGGCGGCCAAGGGGACGAGCAAGAACAUCAACAUCACGCCGAUGGUGACGUGUGACACGUGCACGGGAAGCGGUCUGAAGCCGGGGGCAAAGCGGUCGAAAUGCCAGACGUGCAACGGGACGGGCACGACGGUCCAUUUCAUCUCGGGCGGUUUCCAGGUGGCAAGCACCUGCGGCACAUGCGAGGGUACCGGCUCUUCGGCGCCGAAAGGUUCCGCGUGCUCGUCCUGCCGGGGCGCGGGCGUGGUCAGGGAGCGCAAGACGCUAACGGUCGACAUACCCGCCGGCAUCGAGGACGGCAUGAAACUCCGGGUAACGGGAGAGGGCGAUGCGGCGCCGGCGGGCGCAAGCUCGCGCAGGAGCAACAAUGGCGACCUCUACGUGACGGUCCGGGUUGCGUCGGACCCCAAGUUCAGCCGCGUCGGGUCUGACAUUUUGCACACGGCGACAAUACCGAUCACGACGGCCAUAUUGGGCGGGACGGUCACGAUUCCCACCCUCGACGGCGACGUAGAAGCGCGGGUGCCCACGGGAACGAACACGGGACAGAAGAUGACGCUGGCGGGCAAGGGCAUGCCGAAGCUCGGCGGGCGGCGAGGAGGCUUUGGCGAUCUUAAGGUGGAGUUCAAGGUGUCCAUGCCAAAGUACCUCUCGAGCAACCAGAGGAUGCUGGUGGAGAUGCUGGCCAACGAGUUAAACGACAAGACGGCCAAGCGCAUCAUGAACGUGGGCAACACGACGUCGGACAACAACUCAGCGGAGCACCACGAGGGUUUCCUCAAGUCGCUCUGGCAUAAAUUCACCAACGGCCACCAUGAAGAAUCCAAGCCGUCAGAAAGCAGCAGCAGUAGCAGCACCGGCGAAGCCGGCGACGGCAAACCCAAAGACAGCACUGAAAAGGACGAUAAGGCGUCUGGCUCGGGCUCGGGCUAA